AUGUCCCAAUCCCUCCGCCCCUACCUCCAGUGCGUGCGGAGCAGUCUCACAGCCGCCCUCUGCCUGUCCAACUUCGCCUCGCAAACUUCGGAACGACACAACGUACCCGAAAUCGAAGCCCAGACGUCGCCCGAGGUCUUACUGAACCCACUGGUCAUUGCGCGCAACGAAAACGAGAAGGUCCUCAUCGAGCCCAGUGUCAACAGUGUGCGCAUUAGCAUCAAGAUCAAGCAGGCAGACGAGAUCGAGAACAUCCUUGUCCACAAGUUCACCCGCUUCUUGACCCAGCGAGCGGAGGCCUUCUUCAUCCUGCGGAGGAAACCGAUCAAGGGCUAUGACAUAUCCUUCCUAAUAACGAACUUCCACACGGAGGAGAUGUUGAAACACAAACUGGUAGACUUCAUCAUACAAUUCAUGGAGGAAGUCGACAAGGAGAUCUCGGAAAUGAAGCUAUUUUUGAACGCGAGAGCACGGUUUGUAGCUGAGUCAUUUUUGACACCAUUUGACUAG